AUGAAGCCGACCAGCCUUUUGCGCACUGACAUGCCCAAGACGUUCGGGAAGCAGGCAACGCUGCCCCGCCUGCCGGUGCCUGCCCUCAGCGAGUCGCUCGACCGCUACCUCAAGAGCCUCGAGCCGAUUUUGCAGCAGAAGGAGGACUUUGGCGAGCUGCCCUCGGGCGCGACUGCUGCCUCGGAGCUUGCGCAGCGCCGCCAGUGGGCUGAUGACCUGCUCGCCGGCGUCGGACCGCUGCUCAACGAGCGCCUGUACGACGUCGACCAGACCACCGACAACAACUGGUUCGACGACCGUUUCUGGCUGCAGAAGGCCUACCACGAGUGGCGUGCGCCCCUCCUGAUUAACUCGAACUGGUGGCUGAUGUUCCGCCCCGACGAGGACACGCCGAAGGAGGUUGCGAACUACCUCGGCGAUGCGCCCGCCUAUUCCCCCGAGGCCAUCACGAAGCAAAACUGGCACCAGUCCAAGUGGGGUCUGCGCCGCGCGACGUGGCUCACCUACCGCAUGGCGCUGUACAAGCUGGCACUCGACAAGGAGACGAUCAAGCCGGACGCGUCGCGCGCGGGUGCUUUCUGCAUGCACCAGUACUCGCGUGUGUUUGGUGUGACGCGUAUCCCGUCCCGCCCCCACGACUGGAACACGGCGUCGCGCCCGGAGAGUGCAAAGCACAUCACCGUCAUGGCGAACGACAACCUGUACGAGGUGCCCGUCUUUAACGAGCACGGCGAGAUCGUGCCGCUGCCCGAGCUCGAAAAGACGCUCGCGGCGAUCAUCGAGGACGCGUCGACGGGCCGUGGCGAGGCGCUCGGCCUGCUCACUGCCGAGCAGCGCGACACCUGGUCGCUGGCGCGCGAGCACCUCCUGACGCUCGCCCCGCAGAACCGCAAGAGCCUCGACUCGGUGCAGAGCAGCCUGUUUGUGCUGUCGCUCGACAGCAACGUGCUCGGCCUGCCCCAGGGCCACCCCAGCGCCGAGGUCGGCUGCGAGCCGGCGGUCGCCGAUGCGCACGCGAUCAGCACGUCGGGCGGCGGCCGCUUCGGCCACAACCGCUGGUUCGACAAGUCGCUCUGCCUAAACGUCGAGCCGAACGGCCGCGCGGGCUUCCUCGGCGAGCACUCGCCGGUCGACGCGCUGAUCCCGUCGAUUAUCGGCGAGUACCUCGUCUCGGUGCCCUCGCCCAAGCCCGAGGAGUCGUUCCCGCAGGACCUCGAGGGCGUCUCGCUCCUCGACGCGCCGGUCACCUUCCAGAAGCUCGCGUUUGUCACGGACGACAAGACGCGCGCCGCGAUCACGACCGCCGAGGAGAACGCCAAGGCGAUCGUGUCCGAGUCGGACAUUGGCGUGCUCUGGUACGACGAGUACGGUGCGGACUGGAUCAAGAAGGUCGCGCGCCAGGCGCCGGAUGCGUAUCUGCAGAUGGUGCUCCAGGUGGCCUACGCCUCGGUGCACGGCCGCCAGACGGCGACGUACGAGACGGCGAGCACGCGUCUCUUCAAGCACGGCCGUACCGACGUGAUCCGCUCCUUCUCGAACGACGCGUACGCGCUCGUGAAGGGUAUCCGCGAGAACAAGGCGCCGGAGGAGCUGUACAAGCUGCUCACCGCCGCCACGACCGCGCACUCGCGCCAGACGCGUGACCACUCCUUCGGCAAGGGCUUCGACCGCCACAUGGCCGGUCUCCGCCUCGUCUUCCGCCCGGAGGACGACGGAGAGUUCCCGGCGCUUUUCACCGACCCUCUCUUCACCGAGUCGCAGAGCUGGAAGCUCAGCACGAGCGGCCUCAGCGCGGGCGAUCGCUUCGUGGGCACCGGCUUCGGCUCGGGCUUCCCGGACGGCUUCGGCGUGAACUACCUCGCCGGUGGCAAGGUCCUCAAGUUCGGCCUGGAGUCGAAGCGCACCAACCCCAAGGGCGACGGCCAUCCGAUCGGCAUGUACAAGCGGAACAUUGUCGACGCGCUGCGCAAGCUCCGCUCGAUCGUCGAGCAGGGCCGCCCUGCGGACGAGCCGGAGAAGGCGAAGCUGUAG